AUGCCGCCAGGACAGAUGGCUGUCAGCCGCCACAAACCACGCCGUGCGUCCGCUGCCUCGUUUAGGAAAAAUACUUCAAGCGAGGUGGCCUCCAUCUGCCAGCAGCUUCACGAUGCGCUGCAGCAGCAGUCGCGCCUAGAGGUGCAGCGUCAGCAGCAGCUUGUCCAGUAUAGGCGCCGGCUGCGCACGCUCUGCGAUGACAACGCCACCCUGCGUAACAUUAUUCAUGCCGGGGAGAGACGAAGGCGCGAUGCGGAGGCGGCCGCCGCGGCGGGGCUCGUCAUGCCAACUGGGGCCCGGGCACACAAUGGUGCGCCGAAUGAGCCGGCGACCGUCACCGAAGCCGAGGUGGAGGCGCUGUCGCAGCGCAUCUACCUCGCACGCCAACGGCGCAACAAGGUGCUGCAUGAAAUCAAGGCUGACGAGGCCGCCCUCGACGCCGAGGCGAAAUCGCAAGAGUCGCUAAUGGAGCAGGCGCAGAUCGCGCUAGACCCAGCCAAGCUGCUGAUGGGCGCCAACCGGCCGGUGUAUCUGCGCAUGAUGCGGCUUGAGCAACUCGUCGACAAGGUGCUUUCCAAGCAGCGCAUCGCUGGCGUCGUGUUGGCCAACUACCGGCACCAUCUGGGCGUUCUCUCCACCGAGGCGGCGCAGUACGAUGCGCAGCAGACACUGCUAGAGAGGGAGUAUGCAGACCGCCACCGAGAUCAUCUAAAGCUUCUCCAACUGUACGACACAGCGCGUGCGGCGUACUCGACAGCCGUCGAGGCCCUGCAGGUCGUUCAGAGGAGCGCCUCGCGUAUGCGCACAGCAAAGGAGAAGGCGCUGCAACAGAAGCGGAGGGAGGUGGACAAGGGCCUUGUGGCGACGCAGCAGCAAGAGCGCCGCGUGGUGGACAGACAGCAGCAGCUCGAGGAGGAAACCCAGAUGCUCGAGGCCGCAGAGAACACAAAGGCGCAGCUGGAGCAGCAACGCAUGAACUCCCGCGCGGCCUUGACGGUGCUGCGGGUCACCAGUGCGUCACGGGAGGACGGCACCGGCGAGCCGUCCACCGGCACGGAUGAGCGUGUCGCUGCGUACGAAGUGGCCUUCCGUGGCAUGAUGCGAGUGGCGAAGGUCAGCACCCUUGAUGCCCUCGUCGAGGCCUAUCAAGCAGAGAUCGAGCAGCAGUAUCGUCUGCAGAACGAUCUAACCUACGUGCGAGAGGCGCAAGAGGCGCUGGUGCAAGAAGUGCAGCACCUGCGCGAGCGGGUGAAGCAGACAAAGUACUGCGUUGGUGCCGCCACGCGACUCGCGACGGAGAGCGCCGUGUUCGACGCGGCGUCGGCCAUCGUCGGCACGGCGCCGUCACCUUUGAUGGAGCGCGAGCUGCACACGUUUGUGCGAGAGGAGAAGGAGUCCCUGGCCAUGUACGUCGGUGCCAACGAAGCGAACCAGGCCCUCGUGAUGGAGGUGGCGGAGCGCGUGAACCACUUGGCGGAGCUGGUGGCCGACUACCGCGCUGAUGUGCGUGUGCCGUCGAUUCAGUGCACCGCGGCGCUGGCGAAGAGCUCCUCGUCGUUGCCGCUGCACGUUGCUGUGCUGGCGCAGAAGCUUCUGGCGUUGGCUGCAGACGCAGCCGGGGAGGCCGACCUUGGUCCAUCCUCCACCCUCUCCUCCCCCGUCAAGGACGCGAGGCACGGUGAGGGUGCUGUGCAUGACGACAAGGUCAGCAGCUCCGCCGCUGCGGUGGUGUCCUCGGUGCAGAUUGUGAUACCCGCCAACAACCGCCGUGUCCCCCUGGCACACGAAGGCGCAGGUGGCGGUGUGGGUGGACCAGGACCCAGCGGCCGCCGCGGGAGAACGGCAGCCGAUGUUGCCGGCAUCUCCUCUUCCGCUGCCCGUGCGCUGCUGCACCCUCACAGAGCCGGGCCUGGCGGCCAUGAGGGCGGUGCGUUGAGGGCCUCCGCAAAUCAGCGGCGUAGGCGUUCGUCCGCUGCGGCCGGUGCCGGCUUCAUCGAGAGUCCGGAGGACGAGGACGAUGUGCGCUUGGCCGUGGUGGCGGCGCUGCCCCCGCCCGGCGGCCGCGUGCUUGACUUCCACGGUGCAUCGACGGACACGUCGGAGCUUCAUAGCGGGAUUUUCAACGGCAGCGACGCCGGCGGUGGUGCUCGUGGCGGCGGUGAUGGGACUGGUGGCGACAACGGGAGCUCACAUCGCGCAGCGGCCGUGACACGCGGUCGCCGUCCUUUCCCAAAGCUGCCACGCCACAUGGUUACGGCGGGGGCAACAAGUGCGCACCAAGCCAACGUGCAGUCGCUUGCGAGGGCAGUGGAAGACGAUCAAGAGGACCCACUGCGGCGUGAGGAGGUGAAGCGCAUGUCGGAGAUGAUCCGUACCCGCCAGAAGCUCGAGGCGGAGAAGGAUUCGCGGCGACCUUAA